UCAGACAAAAAUCCUCACAGCUGAAUUCCAAGACACCACCAUGCUUACUGUGAAAAUUAAAUACUAGUGCUCCAAGGCUGCGCACAACCUCACCCUCUCAUCCCCAAUCAAACUUCUACUGUGUCUUAAUACCUUCUACCAUCUCUUCUCCACAGCCACCACCACCACCACCACCCGUACAAUCAACCCUUUUUGUUAACAAAAGCUUUUAACUUUUCCUAUAUUAAAGAAGAAAAAAACUUUACUUUUCCAUUACAAAAUUCAUCACCAACACUCAAACGAAUCUGCUGUUAAUAUUUUCGAGAUUUGGAAAAUAGAAAGUCUUCAUUUUUCUUGAAAGAUUCCGCAAAAAGUUUCAAUCUUUUAGCUUCUAAGAGCCAGUUGUGUCCAAUCAUAUGGAACCACCAGAGAAUAGUGACGCUAGUGGUGGUGCGGUGGCGUUUGAAGAUGCGCAGAAGAUAAUUCUCCGGUGGGACUCCACGGCCUCAGAGGAAGCCAGGGAGAGGAUGAUCUUCGAAGGUGACCGUGAGGAGGUGGAUCUUUAUUUAAAGGCUGUCGACGAUAUUCAAAAAUCCAUGUCGUCCACCUCCAUCUCCGAUGAUCAAGACAAGGUCAAUAGCGCCACCAUCCAGAUCGCUAUGGCCAGGCUUGAAGACGAGUUCCGCAACAUACUUCUCAACCACACCACUCCCGUCGAGUUGAACUCCCUCGCCGCCGCUGAUCCCAGCUCUUCAGUCCACUCCUCCGCCGCAGAUGAGUAUGAAGAAGACGAUCAUGUGGGUGAUGAGGAUAUCCAAGAUCAAAUCCAACGAGCUGAUUCAUCUGCGAGUAACGGCAACACAAGCUAUCGAUCCACUAGCAGUAUUCGCGAGAUCGAUCUGAUUCCACAGGAAGCAGUCGCUGACCUCCAGUCCAUUGCCAAGCGCAUGAUCUCUGCUGGGUACUUGCGCGAGUGUAUCCAGGUGUACGGGAGUGUACGGAAAUCUGUUGUGGACGCUAACUUUAAGAGACUCGGGAUUGAAAAGCUGAGUAUUGGGGAUAUACAGAGACUCGAGUGGGAUGCUUUAGAGACUAAAAUCAGACGUUGGAUAAGGGCAGCUAAGGUUUGUAUAAGGAUUUUGUUCGCGAGCGAGAAGAGGCUCUGCGAACAGAUUUUUGAUGGGAUUGGUACUGCUGUGGAUGAUGCUUGUUUCAUGGAGACUGUCAAGGGUCCAGCAAUUCAGCUGUUCAAUUUUGCCGAGGCUAUAAGUAUAAGCAGGAGAUCUCCGGAGAAAAUGUUCAAGAUUUUGGACUUACAUGAUGCUUUAAUGGACUUGGUGCCUGACAUUGAGGUGGUUUUCGAAUCGAAAUCAGCUGAUUCGUUUCGAGUCCAGGCUGCAGAGAUUUUGUCAAGAUUGGCCGAGGCUGCAAGAGGGAUUUUGUCAGAGUUUGAGAAUGCUGUUUUGCGUGAACCUUCAUUGGUUCCAGUGCCUGGAGGAACAAUUCAUCCCUUGACAAGGUAUGUGAUGAAUUAUAUCAGUUUGAUUUCGGAUUAUAAACAGACCUUGAUCGAGCUUAUUUUAUCGAAACCAUCAACCGGGUCAAGAUAUUCUGGUGAUUCGACCACCCCAGAUAUGGAAUUUGCAGAGCUAGAGGGGAAAACCCCAUUAGCCCUUCAUUUGAUUUGGAUUAUUGUGAUUUUGCAAUUCAAUUUGGACGGCAAGUCCAAGCAUUACAAAGACGUAUCAUUAGCGCAUCUGUUUAUGAUGAACAAUGUUCACUAUAUUGUUCAAAAGGUUAAAGGGUCACCUGAACUAAGAGAAAUGAUUGGAGACGAUUACUUGAGGAAACUAACGGGGAAAUUCAGGCAGGCAGCCACUAGUUAUCAGAGAGCUACUUGGGUGAGGGUGUUGUAUUGCUUGAGGGAUGAGGGGUUACACGUGAGUGGGAGUUUCUCUUCUGGGGUGUCAAGGAGUGCUUUGAGGGAGAGGUUUAAGACCUUCAAUGCUAUGUUUGAAGAGGUUCACAGGACUCAAGCAACAUGGUUGGUGCCAGAUAAUCAACUCAGGGAGGAGCUUCGAAUAUCAAUAUCAGAGAAGUUGAUCCCAGCUUACAGGUCAUUUCUCGGGAGGUUCAGGAGUCAUAUAGAGAGUGGAAAGCACCCGGAGAACUAUAUGAAGUAUUCGGUAGAGGAUUUGGAGAGUGAUGUCUUGGAUUUCUUUGAAGGGUACGCUGUAUCUCAGCACAUGAGGAGGAGAUCCCAGUAAGGGGGUGUGAAUGAGUUUUGCCAGUUUAUGAACUAGGAACAGAUUCUUUGAAUUUUUUGUGGGGCGUUCGGGUGGAUGUGGUGCUGGUCACUAGGGGGCUGCCCUGUGCUUUCCAAUUCUUUAAGCAUCACUGGUUAAUUUCCUGCAGAUUGGAAGGACUCGAGUUCAUUUGGGAAGAUCAGGUGUAGCUCUCCAGAAUAGCCAGGUCUCUAAACCUGAAUGCUUCCGCACUCCUCAAAGACUCCAGCUUCAUUGACUUGAAAAGAGGAAUUUGCUUGCCUUUUUUCUGUAAUUGAAUUAGAUGGAAAACCAUUCUCUCCAGCCCUCCCUCCGUGAGCUAGAGAACGAACUGGAGGAACUAAGUUUUUGUUGAUCAAUCUAUUUUUCUCCCAAGUUAAAUGCAUGCUAAAAAGAAGUGGAAUCUGAAUGAGCAUUGAGGAAGUUUAGAUGACUAAUUCAUUCCACAAGAACUUCCAUUAUGAGAUUCCACAACUACUAAUUGCUUUUUGAAUCAUUUUUCUAUCACUGGUUGGAAUGUGCCAUCAGAGUGUGUUAUCCUGUUCUGUCAUAAUAAUCGUGGAUGCUUGAUGGGUGGAUUUCACAUAAAUGUGAGAAAUGGAAGCUCUCUAUCACUGUGUUGAA